CCCCCCUCCUCCCAGUCCCCCAAAAUAGUGAUUUCCGACCUGUGAGGAUGAGUAAAGCUUGCAUGGACAAGUGAGGCGUGCCAGUCUGGCCCAGAGAGUCGAUCUUCGAUAACAAUCGAGUAUUUGAAGCAAGGGGCUGUCAUUUUGGGAGGAUUUGUGCGAUGUGACCAGGUGCUCUCCCUUGUCAUACCUCCGUCUCUCCCUCCAGCGACUGCUUGCGGCCUUCAAAACAUCCGACGACCGAUUCAUCCUGAGAUGCUGUGUUUGUUGUCGCCGUGGGAAGCCACUUCUGGACGACAGCACGAUUCGCCAUGAAUGUAUUUUCCCAUAAUGCAGCUGACAUCGCUGUGAACAAUCGUAAGCAACAUCCACGAUAACCAUCCCCGCGUUCCUUCAGAAGUUUUGGUGGAAAGAGUGCACCGGCCCGCCGCUGCUAGUAAACAACUGGCGAAAGUUCAGCAGACGACUCCUGCAAGUGACAAGCACUUCCCCUGUCAACAUGUCCGCCAUUCACGCGCCACGUGAGGAGUGACUGGCUAAACUGUCCUGUCAGCGACUGUGCAACCACAACAACCCUGUACUUACUCCACCACAAGCGUGCCGACUUGAUCGGGCAAAGUAUUGUUUGUCUUGGAAAGUUCGCCGUGUUGUGUACACCUUUUUUUUGUGUGUGAACACUGUUUUAGGUGAGAGACAACCAGCGAGCUAGCUUAGAUCGGUUUCGGCGAACCCUCAAAACAACAAUGGCAGUUGGAGAAUGCUCUACGCUGCCGUCCGUGCUUGACGUCACUACGUCCAACGUCACGUUUGGAACGUCCGUCAACGUCUCCUGUUCACAGUUUGGGUAUCGACUGGUGGGGGCGCCCACCCUCACCUGCAACAAGAGCGCUCAGUGGGAACCAACUGUACCCACCUGCGAGUGGACCUGGGAAUUUACAACUUAUGAGAAGGUUGUUCUUGGAAUCUCUGUGGCUGCAGUUGCCUUCCUUAUCAUCAUUCUCUUCAUCAUCACAAUCAGCUGCUGUUGCUGUCACCAAAAUAAAGAGAAACCAUAUGAUACAAUGCAAGCUGAAAAUCAUGGUUACCAACCUUCACCAGGAGACAAUGAGCCAGCUGUCUAUGCAGAUUCAUAUUUUGCUUAUCAAGAUGUUACAAAUAAAAAUGACCAAAUGUCUGGUACGGUGGAUCGCCCAUGGCUGGGCUACAUACCUCGUCCUAAGUGGCUGGUGGAGUCAACUAUCAGUGAAGAUUCUCUGUCCCGUUACAAAUGUGGGUGCAGAGCAAAGGGAGAUAACUUCAAACCCAAGUCGUCUUUUCCUUAUCUGCUUAUGUGGGUGAGAAUGUAUGUCACGUGUGUGCGUAUUUUAUUAUAGCAUCUCUGGUAUAUCACCUUACAUCUACAAUGUUAACAGAAAAUAAAACUAGUCGCAUGCUG